CUGACAGCUCCCAUCACAACUACCGCCGAACUAUCUGAUGUACUUGGCAUCCAUGCCCUGAUCAUUAAUCCUCUAUCCAAUGGCUGAGGACGCCGGUAACGCGAGCUCCACUCAGAACCGCCCCGGAUCAAGUCAGGGUGCUCUGAAUACAAAACGCACCAACACAGCAUGUAUCAAGUGCCGCGAGCGCAAGGUCCGCUGCUCAGGAACAUGUCCAUGCACAAACUGCUCUAGACGCUCUGCAGAGUGCAUCUUUGAACCGGAUGAAAAGAAGGUUCUUGUAUCUGAGAGAUUCCUUAAUGAGCUGAAACGAAGAGCAGAAGCCAAUGAUUUGAGCAGCUUGAAAUCUCCCACAAAGCGCCAACAUGAAUUGAUUACAUCGUUAGGGCGUGGGGACGGGCAUGGCGCGGUCACACACCAUCUGAUCGGGCGUCCUCAGGAUGUUGGUGCCGGCCCUUCUGCCCAGGAAAUACUCCCAAAUAUAGAAAACCCCCUUGCAAGCACCCCAUCCCGGUUUCUCACUGACUUCCAGGGACGGCGGCGGUUUCUCGGGCCGUCCUCAACGUGGGCCUACAGCCGACAUGUCAUGGGCAUGAUUGGAAAACACCUGGGACAGCACCAGUCUCCUGAAGUUCCUCUGAAUACCGAUGGGGCUGCAUUCACGUUGGAGUUCCCCUCCAGAACCCACCCAGGCAUGACCAUCACCAUGCAAGACCUGCCUUCUCGCGACUACGCCCUCUAUCUCCUUAAUACAGUCAAGUUUCACGUCUGCCAGACCUAUCACCUCUUUGACGAGCCGAGCUUUAUGCAAGCCUUUUCAAAUUUGUACAGCGAAGGCCCACAACCCUUGAAUCCGAAGAACCGGUUGUGGUAUGUGCAGUACUUUAUCAUUAUGGCGUUUGGCAAAGCUCUCCUGAUGCGUGGCUCCUCAAGAGCGAACCCUUACGGCAGCGAGUACCUUUCCCGGGCCAUGGAACUUCUCCCAGACGUGAAUGGGCUGUACGAGGACCCCAUAAUCGCAGUCGAGAUUUGUUGCGGCCUGUCAUUAUAUCUACAAUCAGUUGAUCACAGGAACAGUGCCUAUGUCUAUCUUGGACUUGCCUUGCGCAUAGCUUUGACACAGGGGUUUCACCGUGAUCUGGUCAGCGAAUCUGACGGCCCUGGUGAUGCGACCAGAUAUCAAAGUGCUUGGUGGACACUGUACAUCCUCGACCGGAAAUUCUCGUCGACUAUGGGCGCUCCAAGCUCCAUCAAUGACAAUGAUGUCACGGUGUCUUUGCCAAGCACUCAGAAAUCAAUGCAAACCUCUAGCGCAUUAGAAAUGCACGUAAAGCUGGCUCGCCUGGUUGCAGAGGUCCUCAACACGAUAUACAGCAUCGAUGGUCGGCUGCACUCAUCCUUCCUCAAGAAUGUCCAAGUAAUUCUGCGACAACUGGCUGCUUUGGCGGUCGAACUCAAUGCAUCAGAAACAAGUUUGGACAGUCCAGAUCCCAUAUCACGAGUUUCAGCGACCGUGAAUCUAUGUUAUCAUCAGUGUAUCGUCCUCGCUACACGGCCACUGCUCAUGUGUCUCUUACGAGACAAACUAGAGCAACGAAACGACGGCAACAAAGAAAGCCGUGAGAUGGCUGGACCUAUCAAGGCUUUCUUGAAGACAUCCUGCGAGUCCGCCAGCAAAUCCUUGGGUAUUUUAUCUGCCCUCCAAUCUCAGGAUCUCUUAGAAACAUUCCUUCCUUUCGACUUGGAAACUGCCUUCUCCGCCGGUUUUGUCCUCGCACUCAUAUCGGCUAUCCAGUCACCCCGAGAAAUUCUAGAUGAUUCAUCGUGUCUUACAACAGCUUCGAGUAUCAUCAAAUGUUUAAUCUCCCAUGGCAAUGUCCCUGCUCGCUUUCGUCUUGAAGAGCUAGAGCGCUUACAGGAAAUGCCGAUGCUUGUAACCCUACAGACUGGGUCCAGUGUCGAAUCUCAUGACCUGAGCGCCGCUCGGCCAGACCCCGUUGAUUUUGCCGCCCAUACUUUAUCGCCAAACCAGAUGCUGGCAAUAGCUGAGCUGAUAGAGUAUUACCCAACACUGGGUGAUGCUGGACCCGGGGUAAUUGACAACGACUGGCUUUGGGAAUCUGGGGACCCGUCUACAGCUCCGUAUUAAUGUUACAAUAUCAAUCUUCUGCGUAUUAUUUCUUCCUCUAAGGAAUCAACUAGGGAUGAGAUGAAUCAGCUUAGGAAUGGAAAUUGGUGUUCUAUGAUGCUGCAAGCUUCCAUAAAACCACGGAGCAUGCACUUACUCGUAUACUUGACUAAGAUACGAAGCGCAGAGAAGCUACUGUCGUCAC